AUGGAAAUGCAUCAAUCACAACAAAUCGAUUUUUGUCGAGAUCUUUCCUUAUCAACAAAGAACGAUGAUGAACAGAAUAGUUCCAUGCAAUCAUCGAUAGAAAAGCAACAAAUUCAACCUUUAAAAUGUUCAAAUCCUAUUAUGAAUCGUCUAUCUCUGUUACCAGCUUAUCCAACAUUUGAUCGAUUUGGACCUAUUAAUCGAGAUCAUUUACUUUUAGCAAAUGUAUCUUGUCAAGAAUUAACCCAUGAACAACAACGACGUCGUAAUCAUUAUACAUUUCAUCAACCAUUUACUAUUAUUGAUCAAAGUGUUGAUAUUAGUGUUCGACCAUUCUUUAUCUAUAUCUAUCAUCAUUUAUAUGAAGAUUUAGCACAACGUUUUCAUGUUAAUAAUGCUAUUCUUGAUUAUAACUAUGAACGUCUUCGUCAAUGUCUAAAUAUUAUGACACAAGAACGAAUUCAAUAUGAUUAUUUGUCUGAGACUACUAUUGGUAGUGAAAAAUUACGUAUCGAUGAGUAUGCUCUAGCAUUAGAGUUUUAUCUACAAAUUGAUGAUGAAUUAUUUUUUAUGAAAACAUGUUGUUUUCGUAAUGCUCAACCAUCAUUAUACAAUCAUCAUGGUAUCUUCUGUAUUGAUGAACCAAAAGCUCUCUACGGUCUAAAAUCAUGUGAACAAGUUACAUGUCGAUUUUGUUUUCCCAUCACCGAUAUUCUUACUCGUGGUCGACAAAGUCAACCAGUUGUUCAAUUUUCAUCAGCACAAAAACAUCGUUUUGUCAAUGGAUAUGAAGCUAUUCUUAAUUGUCCAGCGACUUGUACUACAAAGAAUAUCAUCUAUGCAUUGACAUGUCCAUGUGGCCAAUAUGAUUAUAUUGGAUAUACAGCAAUGUCAUUAGAUGAACAACUUAAAUAUCAUCGUGAGCAUGGUAAUCGGAUCAUGCAUGAAUUUAUUCUUGGUUCAGUCAAUAGUAGUCGUAUGCGACAACAAACUAAAUCACAAGAAGAAUUAACAGUUGAUAAUCAAUUACUUUACAAACAUUCAGCUCGUUGUUCAUAUGCUAUUCAAAUGUUUCUGGAUUGUAAUCCACAAUAUUGGUGUUUCGUACCGAUGUCAAAGAUGGAAGCACGAACACAAAAUCUUACAUCUGAUUUCCCAAGUAAUAUUACAAUGUUUCCAUCGAAUAUUCAUUCACGUCGUGAUCAAGAAGCUAGUACAUACAUGAUUGAUUUACCUUUAUUGCCAUCAGAAAACUAUACGUUUUCGACAUAUCAACGUACUCAACAAUUUUGUAUGUUCAAAGAGAAAUAUGAUCUUCUUCAGCCUAACGUUCAUCUAGAUCUGUAUAAUGCUACCAUCAUUGCUGUUUUACCGGAGAAUUGUUCCGAAUUAUUUUAUCGAUUAAUCGAAGCAUUAUUCAUUACACAUGCUCAAACUAAAUUAAAUACAUUGGGUCAUUUAGAUGGUAUGAUUGUUGAAAAUAACAAUUGUAAUGAUAUAAAUGCACGCAUGGUUGAUGAUCGUCGUGGUAAUUGGUGUCAAAAUCUUGUUCGUCGUCCUAGCAUAUUUUGGUUAUUAUUUAGUAAAAUGUCAACUGAUAAACCAGAUCUGCAAGAAGGUCAACCACAUGAUCUGAUCCUUUCCACGGCAGAAGAAGUCAUACAGACGCAAGAAGAAUCGAAGAAGAACAAGAAAAAGAAAUGUCGUGGUAAUCGUAAACUACAAAGGUUUAGAGCAAAACUGAGACGACAAGGAUUGAAUAAUGAAGCAAUUACAACAGUAAUAAAUACAUACAAUAAUCCAUCUCGACCUGAAGAAGAAGAAAAUGUACAGAAUACUGAUGUGAAUGUACAAGAUUUUAUUGAAUUACAUCAACAGGUAGGAUACCUCUCUUUUCGUAUAUUUUUUUCAAAUAAAAAAGUAACAUCAUAG